CGUGCGCGAAGGAGGGGGAGGAGCGUGUGCGCGUGCGUGUGACUUUGCGGGACUGCGCGCCUCCUCUGCGGCGUCAGUCCGUGCGUGCGCGUCCGUGCGUGCGUGCGCGUCCACCGAGGAUGGCGGGAAGCCUCGCGUUGGUGCUGGCGCUUCACUUUGUGUGGCUGCUGCAGACGGCGCUGGUAAGCUCCGCCCACUGCGACGCCGUCUUCAAGGGUUUUUCCGACUGUCUGCUGCAGCUGGGAGACAACAUGGCCAACUACCCCCCGGACCUCGACGACCAGCAGAACCUGAACAAGAUCUGCACCUACUGGAACGACUUCCACUCGUGCGCGAGCACGGCGUUGUCCGACUGCCAGGAAGGCGCCAGCGACCUUUGGGAGAAACUCAAGGAGGAAUCUCGCAGUCUGGAUUUCCGCGGGAGUUUGUUUGAACUUUGCGCCGUGGGGAACGGCGCCCACCCCGGGCGGGGUACGGCCCGGGGCCCGGCGGGCCCGCUCCUGGCGGCGGCGCUGCCCGGCCUGCUCACCUGGCUGCUGGCCCUCUAAGAGAGACAAAAAACAACAACAACAACACAAAUUAAAAAAAAUCAACAGGAAAACCACUGACGGGAAAGCACCGGAUCGUCUUUAUCCUCAACAUUGCCUUCCAGGCGCGUCGUCCAAUCACACGGCCGCCAAGACGCUUUGCUGACCCUUUGCUGAAACUUUUGAUGACAUUUGGAUGGCACGCCAGAGGAAUUUCUUAAAACGCCAUCACGGGUCGAGCGGGAGGGCGGAAUAUUCGGCAAAUUGUUCCCCUGCAAAAUGACUUGCAAGGCUAAUACUUUUAGCAGCUAGCUUGCUAACUUAGGAGCUAGCUUCUUUUCUUUGUUUUGGGGUUGUGUUGGGAAUCCCUCACGAGUUACUAAAUCGUCACCGCUAUAUAAAAGUCUCCUUGUAGUAUUCGAUAAAUGGUUUCAGCUAUAGAGUCAACGACAGAAAAUGCGUAUACGUGUCGUUUUCAAAUUAUUGGAUCAAUAAUGGUAAACGCACUCCAAUUCUUAUUUAGCGAUUUUUUUAGUUUUAUGCCGCUUCUGUUUUCUGUGUGUAAGUGACUCCCGUGCCACCUCAAGUCCUAUUUUCAAAAAUUUGCGGCAUUGGUAGUAAAAGCAAUCGUUAUUGACGGAGCAAACGGCGGUGGCCCAUUGAAGCUCACUAUUUGCAUAAUGCUAAAGACAUAAACGGCUUGAUUAAACUAGUGCGAGUUGCACAAUUUGCACGCGUUGCCCUUCAAACUCUGUGGAUACAAGUGCAGAAAUGAUAACGGUAUCACGGUAAAGACACGCGAUAGUUCCGACACUUUCACAAAUUCAUACAUAUCCGUCAAUAUCUGAGAAAUAACGGCAUUUAUUUUGCUAUCUGUGAUUGUGUGACUUCAAAAUGGCUGCCUCAUCCCAGAUCCCGCUGGUGCAUUGAGGCUCUCUCCUGUGGCGUUAACGCUAAAGACAGCUUGAGGGAUAUUUGGAAAAAAACCCAAACAAAAACAACAGCAACUCUUUGGACACUGAGAUGCAUUUGUGUUAGUUUUCUUAGAAAAGUGGUAUAUUAAGAAAUAGGAGAAAAAUCCCAUGUAUUCAAAAUGUCAUUAGCAUCUUGACAAAAUGUCCCAAUCCAGAAACUUCAUUUGGGACAGCAAACGGUAAAGACAUGUCUUUACCGUUAUUGAUCCAAUGAUAUUAAAAAUGACACAUCAUAGAGUGAUCGGGGAACGAGCGAACGAUUCCGAAGGCAGUCGCUGCUUUCGGAAUCGUUGACUCGUUCUCGACUCCCCAAUCGCUCACGAGGGCUGAAACGAUGAAUCGAACACUGCCCGAUGGCUACAAAAGGACUUUUAGUGGACAUCUUCGGGAACGAUUCCGGGCCACAAUAUACAAAUCCUGCUCGACGGAGGCAACGAGUGAAAGAGUCCCAACGCAACCGAUGUUUUUUCAAGGCGCAGACAGACAGUGAGUGUUGUCGACUUGCAUGAUGUCACUUCCUCACCCUUUUUAGGACAUGAGCACAAACGUCGGCUUCCGCCAUUCCGGCCGACAAACCGAGCGCAGCGUAGCGGGCCGCCUUUGCGCUGACACGAGCGUAGCUGACGCUGGCUGGAGUCCAGUUGCGUCCGUGAAAGUCUUGGUUGAAAAUGUUUUCUAAACAUGGCUAACACCCAACUGACUUUGUUGAUGAUUUGAGCGGCUAACGGUAAUUAGCUUGGAGCUAAGUGUUGACGUUACGAUGAAAAUGUGCGACUUUGGCCGUACGUCAGCUGACGGCAUUUGGUUAGGAUCGCGUUGUGGCGUAACAGCAGCCUUUUAAUGUUGUUUUUUUUUUUUUUACUUAAGCGUUUUAACAUUUUAGCUUUUUAAUGUUUUAACGUUUUUGUUACGCUUAAGCGUUGUAACGUUUUAGUUGUUCAAACUUUCAGCGUUUUAACAUUUUAGUGUUUUCACACUGAAGCGUUUUAACGGUUAGUGUUUUAACGUUUUAGUGUUUCACGCCCAGUGCGCGUGCUUCCAGGUUAGCUAACAUUUAGCAAAGACUUUGUGAAGGAAAGACUCAAGGUUAUUUUGUGCUGGUUUCCUGAAAUGUUCCAGAAGUUUUGUUAUUUUAAUUUUUUAAUAGUACGUGAAUAGAAAGUUUAGCGUUAACGUUGUUGUGUUUGUGAUUGCGGCAAAAAAAUCGAAAAACAAAAAAGCAAUACCACUACGACAUCACGGCCAGUGUAGCUCCGACCAAUCAAUAACCAUUCAUUAUUAAAUCAAGACUGUUGUGUUCUAAUAAAUAACAAGUAAUAAGAGAUAAUAAUAAUAAUAAUAAUAAUAAUAAAUGUUCAUGUCUUUGUUCGUUUCUGUCUGUUUGCUCGCAACUUUUACAAAUCCUUCCAAAAAGGAUUUCUGAUGCAUUCUUCAGAGAAAAUAUUCCUAAGAAAAAGAUUUAUCAUCAAAACUUUAUUCCACUUUUAACGAAAAUAGAAUUAUGAGAAAAUGAUUUAGUGCAAAAUAAAACAAUACUGUUUGAAAGGAA